AAUUGAAUUCUGGAACACAAUUGGUUCGCCAGUGUUUCAUAUCCGGACGACAGCACUGGGAUCGAAGUCAGCCGAAUCACUUCUUUGGGCUGGUGACCUGUUGCUCGCCUCACAUCUCGAUGGUUCUAUUACCGGACAUCGGCUGCAUACAUCUGAAUACUGGACAUCGCAACUUUGUCCAAGUCCAUUGUGGUGUUUAGCUUCAAUAUCAGCGAGUGCCUUUUGCGCCGGUUCUGAUUCUGGAGCGGUAUUGCUGUUUGCACUCCAGGAUGAUUGGAUUGCAUCAACGAAAACAAUAUCCGCUGGUUUUGGCACACAUAUUAUGUCUUUGGCGUGCAACAGUACUACCAUUGCUGCUGGUACCAUGGAUGAAAUCAUGCUGAUCAGUGUGCAGAAGCAGCGUAUCGAACAUACGUUAAAAUUGCCACGUGUUGAAAAGCGCAAGCCAACAAUUGUCUGGUGCCUCUGCUUUAUUGGUGAUUUAUUGGCAUCCGGUGAUUCGCGCGGAUACAUCACCUUUUGGAACCCAUCAGAUGGCGCAUUUUCACAUGCUGAUGUCCUAUCGAUGGCUGUAGCCGACGAGACACUCUAUGCUGCCGGUGUUGAUCCAACAAUUGCGCGGCUUGCCGCCAAUCAGGACCGUACUGCUUAUCGGGUGGAGCAUCGAAGGACGGUUCAUGGGAACGAUGUUCGUGCUUUAGUUGCAUCGAAACAUAGGCCAGUUUUGUAUUCCGGUGGCGCUGAUUAUUAUUUUUGCAGUAGCAGUCGCUUAAAACACAGCAAUGGCUUGAAAAAUUGCGCUAAGCCGAAAAGGUAAUU